AUGGUGAACGCUGUACCCCACUCCCAGCGCUCAACAUUGCGCGACAUCUCGGAAGCAACUGGGUUGUCGCUUGGCACACUCAGCCGCAACCUGAAGGCCGGCAUCAUCCAACGCCGCUCGUCACGCCUCAAGCCCCUGCUCACGGAUGCCAACAAGUUGGCCAGGGUUGCCAGCUCCGCUGUCAACCUAGCAGAAUGUCAAUUUGACGAUAUGUGGGACGUCGUGCACCCUGACGAGAAAUGGUUUAACGCGGACAAGGACCGUCGCAAAAAGUUCGUCAUUCGUUGUCAGCCGCCCAACAGCCCUGACCUGAAUGUCCUGGACCUUGGGUUCUGUGCAUCCAUCCAAGUUCUACAGUACAAGAUGGUGAGUUCAUCCAUUGACGAUGUGAUUUUCUCGACGUUGACAGCUUUCGACCACCUCAGUGUCGACAUGCUGGAGAACGUAUUUCUCUCGCUGCAGGCUGUGAUGCGCCUGGUUCUUGAGCAUCAAUGCGACAACCACUUCAAGUUGCCCCACCUACGUAAAGAUGCAUUGAGACUUGCUGGCAACCUCAUGGCGAAUGUGGCGUACCCUGUUUUCCUCCUCCAUGAGUCGGACAUGUACACGUACCUCCAACACCACGGAAUUCCAAGCCUCGAAUAG